ACACACACACAUAGAUCAUACCAUCAAUCAGAAUGGCAAAUGUUGUGGAAGUUAAAGUCGGUUUGCACUGUGAUGAUUGUAUCAAGAAAAUCCUUAAAGCCAUCAAGAAAAUUGAAGAUAUUGAAACGUAUAACGUGGAUACAGAGUUGAACAAGGUGAUCGUUACGGGCAAAGUCACGAAAGAAGAAGUGAUAAGAGUUCUUCAAAAGAUUGGAAAGAAUGCAACUGCUUGGGAAGAUGCUUAA